GCAUCAUUCCAGAGCCCGAUCGCCGAGCGCCCAAGCACGCAAAGCUUUGAAGGAGAUACCCUCCUGCCGUCUACAAGGGCCAAUUGAGCAAUCAGGCUGCCCUUCCGUCUGCCCACCAUGGGCUCGAGCUCAUCUAAGCUCUCGAACCCUGCUCCGCACGUGUGGAAGGGGACCUCUCAGACGGGGGUGUCGCAGAACCUAGUCGAGACCUUGGAGGCCAGCAACGAGACCGACGUGUCCCGCCUGCAGUCUGUCGAGCUCGAGAUUCAAGCGCGCGUCGCCGCCGAGCUGAAGCGCCUCCGCGCCCAAGAAGCCGAAGCGCUCCGCGAAGCGCUGCAAAAAGUCUCGGCUCAGCAGGAGGAAGGUGGCGAGCAGCGACAGCAGCCCGGCGGGCCGGGCCGGCAAGAAGUGUCCAAGGCGAUUGACGGUCUGCGCGCCAAGCUUGAGGAGAGAGUGAAGGAACGGCCGCUGCCUGACAGCGUCGAGCGCGCGCGCAGCGAGGUAGUGCGGUGCCUGCGCGAGAACGACCGGCGGCCGCUCGACUGCUGGCGCGAGGUCGAGGCGUUCAAGGAAGAGGUCAGGAGAUUGGAGAAGGGAUGGGUCGACAAGGUGGUCAGCUAG